AUGGGUGGUGCGCUCUCCACUGAUGACGCGGAGCAGAGAGCUUCCUCAGUGGAGGAGCUGAACCAACGCUUGGCUCACCGAUUCGCAGCCAAAUGCUUCGAACCGCUAGAACUGACCCAUCUGAAAGAGAAUUUCUUCUCUAGAGCUCUAGACCAGCAUGGCAUUCGUUAUUGGAAUGAAGAAAUAUUAUCAGAGUUUUUGGGUAUCCCCGACGGUGCGGGUUCGGCAGCCGCUGCAACCAGCGAUGGGUCACUCGAUGCAGGACCUGUCAUCUUCCGUAUGGUCUCCUAUCUCGGCGCAUUUCCAUUUCAAAACACCAUGGCGCCAACAGUAUUGACGUUCGAGUCAAUGGUAAAAGUGGUUGUGCUGCUUACUGAGAGAUAUGGGAAAGUCCUGAAGCGAGGGAAGAAGGAUCGGAUUAAACUACUUUUCGGUAGCCUCGCGGAUGUUGGACGAAGGGAUAUUAUUACGGUAUUGAAAGAAGCCACAGAGGACUCGUUGGAAUCGAUUGGUCCCUCCGAUCCUAGAAGUGCAAGUCCCGCCACUCAUAAUACAGGGUUCUUAGUGGAUCAACCUGUUAACGAUGAGGACGAGGAGGACGAUGACGAUCUAGCUAUUGCAGCCCUGGAAUCUCUUGAUGCGAUUGAAGUAUUCAAACACGACCAACGCAUCGACAAAACCGUCUACGAGUCGAAGAUUUCACUUACUACCUUUCGACGACUUCUAACGUUACUUCUUGUUACGGCGCCACUGCGCCCGCUGGGAAGAGUGUCAAAGUUCACAACAGGAUUGAGCAAACCUUCACUAGACGCUGUACACGAACAGGUGGACAGUAUUCUUGCGGCGUUAGACCCUGGAGAAGCAAGCGAUGGCAUUGGAUAUAAAUCGUUCUCCAAGCUGGUAUCGACGUCACUCCCGUAUCUUUUUGACCCCUUAACUCCCUUGUUUGAGCAUCUACUUUUCAGCAAAAAUCUCGAUCUAUCACGUAAACGUGACUCUCAAACUACCAAUGGCCUGACGAGCAAGCCCGUCCCAACCCCUCCUUCAACCCCUCCACUCUCUCCUCCCUUAUCGCCUGUCAUUUCAACUGGAGGUUUCGACUCAUGUAUUCUAAAUCCUGCCUUUUUUCAUCAACAGAACACGGUGAAUCCUUAA